AUGGAGCCAUCGGCAGCUGAGUUAUCGCGGCCAGACUCGGCGCGCAGCGCGUGGCACUGGAUCGAAUUCGUUCUCUUCCCCGCGAAGCUCGACGAGCAUCUCGCGCUGCUGGAACAAGGCGCUACUCGCGCGCCGUCGCUCGUCGCUCUCAUCUCCACAUUCCUCGAACAGUGUAUCCCUCCUUCCAUCGUUUCUCAUCUCCGCCACUCCCCUCCACUCCGCGCUCCUCCCUACCCCCAGGCGGCGCAGAUUCAGAGGCUACAGGCACCCGCGGAGGGGGAAGGGGCUGGCGCACCAGGCGGGGAAGGGGCGGAAGCAGGUGGGGGGAAAGGAGCGGGCGCACCAGAGAGUGGGGGAGGAGGGGCAGGUUUGGGGAAUGGUGUUGCUGGGAAGAAAAAGGGGAGUGCAGGAGAAGAAGCUCCUGCAUUGGUUAAGCACGGGGAGGGAGGAGGAGGAGGAGGAGGAGGAGGAGGAGGAGGAGGAGGAGGAGGAGGAGGAGGAGGAGGAGGAGGAGGAGGAGGAGGAGGAGGAGGAGGGGGAGGAGGGGGAGGAGGAGGAGGGACAGCAGGAGACGGAACACCCAUGAGACCACCUCCCAACCAAUCAGAAGUCACUAUCAUGGCUCUUUGCCGAUUGGUCGUCCGUGCUGCUAUGAAAUCAAAUCUCUCGCUCCCUUUGAUCGAAAAUGAUUUUCCCUUUAUGCAUCAGAUGCCUCUGCUACAGCUGCUCGUGCUGCUGGACGAUCCGAGCCGUCGCAUCGUCCGGCAGUGCAAUCUGCACCGUUGGUUCUUACGCGCUUGUAUGGACUGCCCGGGUGGGGGUGCAAAAGUUUUGGGCGGCGAAAGAGGAGAGGGAGAGUCAGGUGGCUUGAAAGGGGGAAUUGGGGGAGGUGAUGCAGGCGGGAGGUAUGGUGCUGGGGGGUUGGGAGGGGUGGGAAUGGGUGGAGGUGGAUUGGGAAGAGGAGGAGGACAGGGGGGUUGGGGAGGAGGAGUAGGAAAUGGUGGAGCAAGAGGGUUUGGUUCUGGAAACGCUGGUGGUGGUGGUGGUGUGGGUGGUGUGGGGGGAGGUAUGGGUCCUGGUAUUGGUGGUGGUAUGGGUGGAGUGGGGGGAAUGGGGGGUACGAAGAAUACAGGGGCGAAUGGGAAGAGUAGUGUGGAUGUGAGGAGGAUUUCCCCGUUGCUCUGUCCUUCUGCUUCGGCGGCAGACCUUGAUGCUUGGCUCGGGCUAGCUGACGAAGGAGUAUCGCAGCUGGUGUGGUUCGACCUGGGGGAGUAUCGGUUUGCAAGGGGGGAUAUUUGGGAAGCAGCCUGGUUGUUUGCCGCGUGCAAGGCUGGAGCGAGGAAGGAGGGUGAGAGGGAGCGGGUGGGGGAGGGGGAGCGGCAUGGGGAUGGGGAUGGGGAUGUGCAAGGGAAGGGGGAAGGGGGCCGUUUGGAAAGGGAAGAGGGCGAGGGUGAGGGGGAAAUGAAGGGUUUGAGAAAGGGUGAUGGGGAUGGGGAUGGGGAGGAGGCGAUGGGAAUGGAGGGAGAGGAUGUUGCAGAGGCGAGAUAUUGUGAGGAGUCUCAGGAGAGGAAGAUGAGAAGGAAAGACGAGAAAGCGGAGGAGGAUUUGGAGAUGAAAGAGGGGGAGAGCGAGGGGGAGGGAGAGGGGGAGGGAGAGGGGGAGAGGCGGGGAGAAGGGGAGUCAGCAAAGGGGCAGAGACCUGUAAGAGUGGCUAGUACAAGAGGCAAAGUGGAAGCAGAGGAGGAGCGAAAGGCGGAAGGAGUAGAGGCAGGGGUGGGAGCAGGUAGUGCAGGGGGAAAGCGCGGAGAAGGAGGGUUGGAUGUAGGUUCAGGAGAGGGGUCGGGGCUUGUAGAAAGCGGAGGAAAAGGAGGAGGGGGAGGAGGAGGAGGAGGAGGAGGAGGAGGAGGAGGAGGAGGAGGAGGAGGAGGAGGAGGAGGAGGAGGAGGAGGAGGAGGAGGAGGAGGAGGAGGAGGAGGAGGAGGAGGAGGAGGAAAAAGGAGGGAGAGGGUAGGGCUUUUGAGUGUGGAGGAGGAGAGUGAAGGCGAGAUUGGGCAGGACAAGCAGCAGCAGCAGCAGCAGCAGCAGCAGGAGGAGGGGGAGGGGGAUGGGAAGGGGGGAAAGAAGAAGCAGGAGGAGGCAGAUGACGAGGGGAAGAGGAAGGAGAAGCGACAGAAGCACAGUGAACGUUUCAGCCCGAAUGAACAGCCAGGAGGAGAGGUUGGUGGGGGUCGGCAGGAUGAUGGGGAAAGUGCAGGUGCGGGAGAGGGUGGCGAGAGUGAUGAUCUGGGGGGAGGAGGUGCGUGGGAGGUGGAGAGACAGAAGGAGAAAAAGGAUGACGAGGAAGAUGAGCUUGAGGGAAUCCCUUGUGGCAGUGUGGAAACAUGUGCAGCAGGCAAUGGCGUGCCAAGGAAUGGAAGGGACAGGGGCGGAAGAAGGGGCAGAGAGAGGGGUGGAGACGAGGACUUAGUGGUGGUGGUGGAAGCAGAAAGAGCAGUGGUGAUUGCAGAGAGAGCAGCGGCGCUUGCAGCGUUUGUGAGCUGUCUGGUGGGCGAAGCAUGGGCGUGGGGCCUUGCUGGGCGAGUCAGAGGACUGAAGUGGCGGAUAGAGGAGGUGUGGAGGGGCGGGUGCGGUGGGAUGGGUGAUGUGGAAAUCGGGGAGGGCAGAGAGGGCAGGGACGGAAGAGAGGGGGCUGAGGAGGAUUGGGAGGGCGGAGAGGAUGAGGGUGAUUGGGCUGUUGGUGGCAAACUGGAAAGGCUGGCUGGAGUGAUGCUGCUGCAACGUGGUGAGGUUGGGGCUGUGCAGAGGACACAGCAGCAGCAGCAGCAGCAGCAGCAGCUGGUGGUAGUGAGGCUUCUGGAGCGGAUGGGGAAGGGGCUGCUGAGGGCAUGGAUAGUGGCAGGGGAGAGAGAGGGAGGAGUGAUCUGGCGAGAGUGUGGCUCGGAUGGAGGCUUGGAUGGAGGCUCGGGUGGAGGGUUGGAGGAGGGGGAUUUGGGAGAGGAGUCGCAAGACGCUGCUGAGCUGGCUCUGGCGCUCCUGACCAAUCAGCAGCGGUGGGACGACGCACUGGCACUCUGUGAUUGGCUGGAGGGCGUUGUUAGGCGAGUGGAGGGUGGAGGGGGAGGGGGGGCGAAAGAUGGGAAGCUGGUGGAGGACGAGGGGGAGAAUCAGCAGGAGGAGGAGGAGAAAGGGGAGUGGGAGAGGGAGGAGAAAGUGGAGGAGGAGGAGGAAGUGGAGGAGGAGGAGGAGGGGGAAGUGGAGGAGGAGGAGGAAGUGGAGGAGAAAAGGGAGAAGUAG